AUGGCCGACCUCCAGGGACGAAAGGUCUUCAAGGUUUUCAACCAAGAUUUCAUUGUUGAUGAGAGAUAUACCGUUACCAAGGAGCUGGGACAGGGUGCAUAUGGCAUUGUUUGCGCCGCCGUGAACAAUCAGACGAACGAGGGAGUUGCCAUUAAGAAAGUCACCAAUGUAUUCAGCAAGAAGAUUCUCGCCAAGCGAGCCCUGCGAGAGAUCAAGCUGCUGCAGCACUUCCGCGGCCACCGUAAUAUCACAUGUUUGUAUGACAUGGAUAUUCCUCGCCCAGAUGCGUUCAACGAAACCUAUCUCUACGAAGAAUUGAUGGAAUGUGACCUGGCUGCCAUUAUUCGAUCCGGUCAACCCCUAACGGACGCUCAUUUCCAGUCCUUUAUUUACCAGAUUCUCUGCGGACUCAAGUAUAUCCACUCAGCCAACGUUCUGCAUCGUGAUUUGAAACCCGGCAAUCUGCUGGUCAAUGCCGACUGCGAGCUCAAGAUUUGCGAUUUUGGUCUUGCUCGCGGCUUUUCAGUCGAUCCAGAGGAAAAUGCCGGAUACAUGACGGAAUAUGUUGCCACCAGAUGGUACCGAGCUCCCGAAAUCAUGUUGAGCUUCCAGAGCUACACCAAAGCCAUUGAUGUUUGGUCUGUCGGCUGUAUUCUGGCCGAACUCCUCGGCGGCCGACCCUUCUUCAAAGGCCGCGACUACGUCGACCAGCUGAACCAGAUUCUGCACAUUCUAGGCACUCCCAACGAAGAGACGCUGUCCCGAAUCGGCUCUCCCCGUGCGCAGGAAUACGUCCGCAACCUCCCCUUCAUGCCCAAGAAGUCUUUCCCGGCCCUCUUCCCCCAAGCCAACCCCGACGCACUCGACCUCCUCGACAAGAUGCUCACCUUUGACCCGUCCUCCCGCAUCAGCGUGGAACAGGCUCUCGAGCACCCAUACCUCCACAUCUGGCACGAUGCCUCGGACGAGCCCGACUGCCCAACCACAUUCAACUUUGACUUUGAAGUCAUUGACGAUGUCGGCGAGAUGCGUCGCGUCAUCCUCGACGAGGUCAUGCGUUUCCGGCAGCUGGUUCGAACUGUCCCUGGCGCAAACUCCCUAGCCGGCCAGGGCCAACAGUCAGCACCUGGACAAAUUCCCAUGCCACAGGCCGGUCCGUGGACCGCAGAAGACCCCAGGCCGCAGGAGUACGUUCCCCACGGUAAUGGUCUCGAGCAGGAUCUCCAAGCCGGUCUGGACGCGUCUAGGAGGUAG